UUAAGUGGCGCGACCCAGAGCCGCCCGUGGGGAAGCCCCACCCACUGCGCCCUCGCGGGCUCCAGCUUCUGCUAUCUGCCGAAUUUUUCUUUCCUCCUCGGAAAUCCACUGGUCACUCCCCCAGGCCGCCCCCAGACUUCUCCCGUCCCCCUAAAACACCCGCAGCCUCCGGGCCUGGAGCAGCCGUCCCGGGGCUCCCCCCGCGCCCCUGCGGCCUUUGGUCGCGCCUGGCGACCCCGGGCCGCGUCCGCGUCGUCAUGGCGACACGGAGCAGGUGCCCGCGGCGACCAAAUCCAGUUUCCUGUGGACCACCUCCAGUGAAGUGACCUUUGGCUCUAAAAAGAAAACUCCAUUUUUCAUGAUAAAAUGGCAGCCGUGAACACCCCCAGCAGAGAACUCAAGAAUGCUGAAGAAUCAUUUAGUAACAUGACGCCCCUCCUUUUGAAGAGCUUAGUAGAGGAGCCAAAGAGAAGGACAGAAGUACCCAACCAUCUCUUAGAAUCAAAGGUAUAUGCACAACUUCUGAAUAAUAAGAUCAUACAGGCAAAACCUGGCAUCUUGCAUUUUGGAGGCUAUCAAGUAGAAGAACAUCACCAACAGACUCUGCAUCUGGUCAAUAUUUCCAACGAAGCCACAGAUGUCCAUAUUUUACCCCCACAAACCAGAUAUUUUCAGAUCCAGUAUGUAAAGAAGGAACACUUCCUUGUCCCUGGCUUGUCCCUCACAGUCACCGUUACAUUCCUUCCAGAUGAGUGGCGAUACUACUAUGACUGCAUCCGUGUUCACUGUAAGGGAGAUGACACUUUGCUUAUUCCCAUCCAUGCCUAUCCUGUCAUGAACACACUGGAGUUCCCCUCGUUUAUAAAUCUAUCAGACGUCCCACUCGGUAAAAGCAAAAGUUAUGUUAUUCCAUUGCAGUGCAGCUGCCCUGUGGACUUUGAGUUUCAUAUCACUUUAAUUCAGGCACAUCAAGCAUUCACUGUUACGCCAACCUCAGGAAUAAUUCCAGCUAGUGGGGCGAUAAAUGUGACUGUUAAGUUUACACCCUUGACGUACGGAACAGCGCAAAUCAAGAUACAGUUAUGGAUUUCACAGUUCAACUCCCAACCAUAUGACUGUGUCUUCACAGGAACGUGUUACCCCAACAUGGCUUUGAAGAGAGGAGAAUUUGAAAGACUAAAUGCUCUUUCUAAGAAAGUAGACGUUCCUCCAGAAAAGGCAAUGCCAUGUGUCAAUUUCUACCGACAUCCAGCAAAGCCAAAGCCUCCAAGAGUUAAGGAAAUUGAAUAUAAGAACUUGAGAUUUCCAGUCGAUUUAUCAAAUCCUUUUGCUGUGUCAACCGUUUUAAACCAAGAACCAGGAAAACUGAAGAUUAAAGAACUAAGACAAGUGUUGGACCAAGUUAACGAGAUUUCCAAAACAAGGCAAAUGAAGGAAGCACUCUUCGAACAGAAAGUCAGACAGGACAUCUAUGCAGAGAUAGAAAAUCAUCUGAAGUGGCAGGUGCACCUUGGUAAAGAUCCCAUGUCUUCUAAAUUUAAGAAAGAGCUCGCUGAAGAGCGACAGAGAGUAAACACCAAAUAUAAGCUAGAUAGAGGAGAUCCUGCUUUGGAUGAGGAAUUCCGUCGACUCCACACGGAAGUUAACCACAAGAGGAUUGUUCAUGAUCUGGACAUGAAAGUCAAGGAAUUUCAUCCCAAUUUUGAUCCUCUCCUUAAUAACAUUUGGGCCAGCAGAUUCAGGGCCCAGAGACGGUUUCAGCAAGCAGCACGCAAGGUCUUGAUUCAACGACGAUUAUACACCAUGCUGGAUGCCAUUCGUAACAUGGACAAAGAGACCAUCUUAAGAAAGCUCAAUCCAGGAAGACAUAUAGAAGAACCAGAUAAGAACAUCUCCACAAACCCUCUGUUUGUGCUGAACCAAGAUGACUAUUCUGCACGGUACUCUGUGGAGCCCAAGGACAUCCUGCCUUUCGCCUUCCCAUCCUACAGCCCCCCUCAGGAAUCCAAUGAGCUGGCUCCUGAUGGUCUUGGACCAGUCCCAGUGAAAGCUCCAGAAAUUCAAAUCAAGCAAAGUUUUUCCUUCUUCAAACUACAGAUUCCUCAGGUGUACAAACUUAAGGGCUAUCAGCCAUUCUCCAUCCAGAAGUCUUCAACCAAUUACAGACCUCAAAAGCUGGCUCGAGCCUUGAAGCAAGGAGCUGAGGAUGAAGCCACUACCAUCAUCACCUUGGCAAAGCAGGAUGCCACACCUCAGCUCCCUAGCAAGACCUCAGUCUUGAACAUGAAGCCACCAGAGGCCUUAACCAAAGCUCCCAACUAUGAUCCGCUUUAUGUUUUUAAUCCCAACCCAGGACUGUUUGCUGUAAUGCGCCCUCUGACCUAUGUGGAAACCUCGAUCGACUAUCAUCUGUGCUCUCACCCCAAGUACAAGUACACCAAAGAGUGCCACAGCGGGUCCAGCAUCCCUCUCACCCAAAGACAGUUUCUUCACCACACGGAUCUCAUCUCCGGAGUAAUGAACUGGAGGAAGUUCCAGCCCCUGGUGCUCUCCCUCCUGAUUGACCACUGCAAGAUCGAGAUCACGCACCGCUAUGAUCCCUUCAACGUAGCCAUGCUUCCUCUGGACGUCCCGGCCCUUCUGAACUCCUUGCCAGAAGAAGACAGAUUGGAAACAGUUGAACGUGAGCUCUGUGAACAGAACAUAGAAGUCAUGUUGACUCCAGAAAUGAUCGACUUGGAAUUCCCUCUGCUGGACAGGAAGGAAGCCAAGAAGAAAGAUGCAAAAGACCAAACGCAACCAGCCACAGAGAAGGCAGGAGAAAAGGUAUUCGAGGAGAUGAAGAACUUGCGUAGCAAAGCCCUCAACCCAUACCUGGUCCUCGAAUAAAGUCGCUCCUAGGCUCCUCACCAAGACUCAUCUCACCUGCGUGCUGUCCUCUCCACCACCACCAGAUAGCAGAGGGAUGACUCCUAGCCCAGCUGUUCACUUCAGGGACCACAAGCAGGAGGGCCGCCAGUGAGCAGGAACACAGGGAAGCAGCUUUUGUUUUCUUCAUCCCGAGAAAAUGAGUCUGCACACCACCACCAUCCCCACUCCUGCCGCUGGAAGACCAAGUCUAGUCUCCAUCAGUGGUGUGGAACUGACACCACCAUGGAUGGGCGCAGCUCUGUGUGAAAUGGGGAAGUCAAGUUUGAAAACAGACAGUGAGACUGUGCCUCAGCCAAAAUAAUCCUGUCUUAGAAACUGCUGUUGACUGACAAAUUACAGAUGUGGACUGCAUUAUUCAGGAGACCUGCUGGCAAGCAGGAAGUCAUACAGUUUGAAAGAGUACAGUUGGUAGCAAUUAGUGGAAAAAUAAAGUGAUUUUAUCUGCCCCACAAGAAGCUCCUGUUACUUAGACUAUUCACAUUAGAGACAUUGCCAGAAACCCCAGCUACUGAGGUCAUAAACUAAGGGGUUAGGGUGGAAAAGUGGGAUCGUGAAAACAAAAGGAGGAAGGGCUCUGCAGUGCUGGGGGACAGGUUUAAUUGCCUUCUGUCCUCAGUACUACAAUGGCUUGUUAACAUUGCUAAGAUUUGCACAUUGUGACAGUGAGGAAAGCUAGUAGCUCAGAAAA